AUGGAGGGUGUGGUUAACGACGGGAUUCUGACGGAGUUAAUGCGACGGCUUCAGGAACUCACGGCAGCAGAAAAGGAAGGCGUAGCAAAGCUACACUACUCUGAUUCCUUGGGAGGUUACGCUGCCAAGAAUCCAAAGAGUUUAAUGCCUUGGAACGAUCAUCUGCUUCACAAAAUCUGGCCACUUUCGUGCAUCGACUACAGAUCUUGGCCUAAGAAUCCUCAAUGCCACUCUUCGCUAGCUUUCACCACCACAUGCACCACGAGCUCUUCCUCUGGAUCGCUUAGAGCAAAGAUAGGGAUCGUUUCAGACGGUGGAAAUGAGUGUUGGUCUCUUCUCUCGGCCUCCAUGGUUGUUUCACUGAUUUCUUCUCCUUUGCUUCACAGGAAUUUCCGUUCAAAGUUUACUUCAAAAAUCCUUAUGAAUCAUAUUUAG